ACAGCUCCCUGGCUCCCACAAUCAGGGGCAGCUGAAAGACAACAGUAGGGACAGAGCUAUUGAACAAGAGAGGGCUUGAACAGCAAGGGCCUGUGGAUACAGUGUGUGCCCAGAUGGACUUGGCCCAGCAAUGGGGGGGUGAGAACCGCGGCCUCUCCCACGUGGAAGGCAGCGACGACUGGGGUGAUGAGUUAGGAGGACUGGGUGUUAUACCCUUCAGUCAUUCUCUCAUCCCUCUCAGAGACUCUAGUCCACUCGUCCUCACCGAUCUGGACAUGUGGGACAGCAGGUCUCACUUUAAAUCUCAGUCCUUAGCGUGGAGUAUGGCAUGUAGGACUGGAGGGUUCCUCUCCAAAAUGAGCACUGGCACCUCCGCUAAUGGCAGAGACAGUGGCUUCAGCAGACAGAGUGACCCAGGGCUGGGUAAAAGAAGAUGGCAGUCGAUGUCUCGCCUGGCCCCCGAGGGCGCCCCCCGGUCCCUCUCCCCUGUCUCCCCAGGGGUUGAGCUGAGAGCAGCCCUGGAAGAGAGUGGCUUUAGGCGAGCAGAGCUGGUGCAGAAGCUGCGGGAGGCCCAUGGACGUCUGGACAGCCAGACAGACCUGCUGAAGAACAGAGACACACAGCCGCAGCAUGGCAGUAGUAUUGCACAGCUGCUGGAGAUGAAACACAAGCAGCUGGCAGAUGCAGUGAGUGCUCUUGAGAAGGAGAAGGAGGCAGCUGAGUUGAGCCGGUUUGAGGAAAGUCGACGUCGCGGAGAACUGCAAGACAAGGUUCUUCGACUGGAGAUGGACAUGUUGAAGAUGAGAUCAAACCUGAGUGUUAUCAAACCUGCGGCCCCAAGAACUAACAACAACCCACUCAGCAGGACCUCACCUGUUACACAACAAGACUUGCUCAGAGAGGAAAAGCACAGAGCAGAGAGAGAGCUGUCCAGACUGAGAGAGGCCCUCAGAGAGGCCGAGGAGAGAGCAGAGGCCCUGGAGACAGAGAGAGACCUUCAGCAACUCCACACCUCUAAAGAGGCUCAGAGGACGGUGUUGAACCAGACAGAGGAAGUGAACCAGAGACUGGGUCGGGCCUUGCAGACCCACAGUGAUCUGCAGGACCAGCUGAGUGAGGCACGCAGUAAGCUGGGUCAGGCCACUCUGGAGAGGGACCUUCUGACCUCCAAGGUGUUGCGGCUGGAGGACAGUGUGGAGGACCUGAAGAUCAAGCUGACCGGGGCCAUGUCUGACAAGGACCGCUUACUGCAGGAGAAGGCAGACCUGCACCAGCAUGCUCAGGAUCUGGAGCUGCAGUUGGAGAGGGCCCAGAGAGGCAGGGAAGGCUACACAGACCAGGUGUGUGAGCUCAGCAACCAGCUGGCUGAGGCCAAGGCUCACACCAACAGACAGGGGCAUGAGACUGUGCAGAUGAAACAGGAACUUCUGACUGUGACAGAGAUGAAUGAAAAGAUGACAUCAGAGCUGGAGAUGGUCAGACAGAGGCUGGAGUCCUCAUUGGCUCAGCUGCAUGAGCUGGGGGCGGAGAGAGUCAUCCACACCAAUCAGAUCGCAGCUCUGGAGACGGAGCGCUCGCAGCUGAUUGGAGAGAAGCAGGAGUUGACGAGUGCUAUUGGACAGGAUGGAAGACAGGAGGAGGAAGUGACAGAGUUGAGGGAGAGUUGUUGUCAGCUCAGUACCCAACUCACUAAUGACCAUCAGGUCACUAAUGGUAUAUGUAGCAGGUAUACGAGUGUCUUGCUUCAAUCUACUCCUCUUUCUCUCAAUCAGAACUCCCUUGACACACUACACAGCCAGAGGAAGAGAGAGAAGGAGCUGAUGAGGGAGCAGCAGUUUGCAGGACUGGGGCCUGUGUCUGAGGAGCAAGAAGAGGAGGACGACCCAGAGAGAGAGGUGGAGGAGGAGGUGACUCGCCUUAGGGAGGAACUCCACAGCAAGACCCACGCGAUGUCAGCGAUGAGUGUGGAAAUCAGCGAUCUGAAAGAGAGAAAUGAAAACCUCCAGAAAGCCAAGCUAAGGUUUCAGCCACAGAUCCAAGGGUUGGGCGCCACAGCAUCUAACUCUUCAGAGAAGACCACGUCAGAGAGCGAGGAGCCUCUUCUAUUGGAGAGAGACAUGCAGAGGGGAUCAUCAUCAUCAUCACCACCACCCCGCUGGGAAGAUGGAGUGUUCCUGGCUAGGCAGGUGCAGAUCGGCAGCCCUGAAUUGGAGGGGGAGGAAGAGGAAGAUGGAGGCUGUGGCUGAUGCAUACCUGGUCCUAAUUUGCUCCCUACCCCUUCCCCUUGGCCCUUAACUACUUCAAGGUUGUCAGAUCUGAAGCAUCUACAUAGAAGCAGUAUUGUUGUAGAGCUUCCACUAUAUCGCUUCCACCCCUACAGAUCUGCAAACAUUGAAGCUAAUGGAGUCCUCAGUCUUCGUGUGAAGUCUUACUAUAGUCAUGCAAUGAUACAAAUCCUAAAAAGGUUGUACAAACCAGUGUUAAUGUCAAUCCACUGAUUAGUGGUUAUAAAGGUGGUGCUUUUGUUGAUGAUUAACAAUGAAACAGGAAGUGAAAUGUGUUCCAUUGAUAAUAGUGAGAUGACAACAGAGGAUGAUUUUCUGUAAUACGCUAUAUAAACUAAUGAUCCAAUGAAUAGGGUUGUGUAAUAGUAGUAAUGUUCAUGUGGUUAAUACAUUAAAACUACAAUGUUACCACAUACAACACAACAAUUCUGGAGGUUUGUGAUUUGCCCGUUUUGUUGUAAUUAAAAAAUGACUGCGUUAACUCA